UGACAAUGCCAUGCAAAUGUAAAUAUUCAGGAUUGAAUUACACUUUAGAAGAAAUGAAUUGCAAAACUUUUGUGCAUGGAUUAUUAUUGUUCCUUUUUCGAAAAUUGAUCAUGUUUACCUCCAUUAUUUCAUAUGAUAAAACAUUUAUUUAAGCAGGGUUUGUCGGUGUGAUUGCUGAGGCCAAUGUGAACUUCCAGAUGCUGAGUCUACGACGUGUUUCAGGAUGGAACGGGAACGGAAUGCCAGAGGACGACUGGUUGACACAAAGUGUACAUGUUGAUCCAGUCACUAAAUAUCCUAAAUUUUAUAGCGACACCUUUAUAAAACUGUCAAUUAGCGAUAUUAAAAGAUUAAAUAUCCAGAUGUCAAUCUGGCCCCAACAGUUGGAAGGACUCGUGCUGUUUAAUGAGGGCAGGAUUCCGGGAUCGUUUGUAUACUUAAUUAUACACAAGGGUGUGCUCCGGUUUUGUUUCAACUGUGGACAGCUAUCUGUUUGUGAAAACGUUCAGGACGUAGAGUCGAUGCGUUGGUACCGCGUGUCCAUUAUCGUGUCUGGGAUCAUGAGCAGUAUCCGUAUAAACUUAGGGAAGGCAGUCCAGCUCACCUCUCCAGGACUGCCGUACUACACCGGCUCGCAUGUAUUCGUGGGUGGAGGAGAGAGUCAAGACUGGGUCAUUUUCACAGCUAUUACAGGAACAGACCGAGGAUUUUCAGGGACUUUCCACGAGGUCACCAUCAACGGCCAACACUACACGCUGCGGACCCAGCCUCUGGAGAACAGCAGGGGGUUCAUGAACACCGAGGGUGUCAGUUCCACAGAGAAGAUUAUGGAGAUCCUUGAGCGAAGCGACAGUAAAGUAGUCCUUCGAUGUGACUUUUCACAUUAUGCGCAUUCUGAAAGUGAUGUUUACGUGGAAUGGUUUAAUGUAGACAAGAAAAUAAAGUCUAGUCCUGAUCGAAAAAUUACGCCAAGGUUGCCAGGCAACUCGUACCUCGGAGCGCUCACCUUGUCAGCUAAGCACCACGGGUCAGGGUUGUAUGUGUGUAUGAUCCGACACAAAGGACGGCUCACCAACCACAUAGCUUUUGUACUCACCAGGGAUAACACUGACCUCGUUUAUGAUAUGGCCAUUAUGGAGGUGACAGGAGAACAGGAUUUCCUCAUUUUUAUGGCAAUAUUUGCCAUGCUUGCCCUUAUAUUUUCGACAUGUAGGAUGUUUCAACUAGCCAAAGAAGAUGGCAUUCGCCCGAUGCUUGAAAAACUAAAACAGUUCAGAGCCAGAUCGUCAAACAAAGACACAGUAGAGACCGAGUUCCGACAGCCUCCCGGAAUAGAUGACCUUUACAAGGCUGAGAUGAUCCCUGAGGGAGUUGCUAAUGAACCUGUCGGUGAUUCUAAUGACGAUACUAAGGACUCGCAGGACAAAGAUUCUGAAAUAGUCGAGACACCUGAAACCGAGAACAUUGCCAUAGACCUACAUUCUUCAUAUAGCUGCGAGGACGACGGUAACGAAGGACAGCAGCCAAUCACUCCGUCUUUUCAAUCUAUUCCAAAUCAUCCCAGCAUGCACGGCACUUCUGGAGCAGUAUUACAUCAACCAAGCACGAUAAGCCAUGGAGCAAGGAUAUCUUCAGUUACGCUUUACGAUCCACAAAGCGCUAGAAGUAAUAUCAAUGAUGACGAGAUACCGAGGAGAUCCUCAGCAUUGCCCCGCGAUCCACAAAGCGCUAGAAGUAAUAUCAAUGAUGACGGGAUACCGAGGAGAUUAUCAGUAAAACUCCGCGAUCCACAAAGCGCUAGAAGUUAUAUCAAUGAUGACGAGAUAUCCAGGAGAUCCUCAGCAUUGCUCCGCGAUCCACAAAGCGCUAGAAGUAAUAUCAAUGAUGACGAGAUCCCGAGGAGAUCCUCAGCUUUGCUCCGCGAUCCACAAAGCGCUAGAAGAAAUAUCAAUGAUGACGAGAUACCGAGGAGAUCCUCAGCAUUGCCCCGCGGUCCACAAAGCGCUAGAAGUAAUAUCAAUGAUGACGAGAUACCCAGGAGAUCAUCAGUAAAAUUCCGCAGUACACAAAGCGCUAGAGAAGACACCAUUGAUGACAAGAUACCCAGGAAAACAGUAAAACCACGCGGUACACAGAGUGCUAGAGACGACAUCGAUGAUGAGAUACUUAGCUCCGAGAUUGUAACAAUAGACGACAGUCAGUAUGCCCCACCAGAUCAAAAGCAUGAGACGUCACAGUGGUCACCAUAUUCCUCUAGCAUCUCCGCCCGUGGUGAUGUUGCCAAGGGUGUGUCCUCUUAUAUAAACUCCCAGGGUGAUGUUUCCAGGGGCAUGUCAUAUCAUAGAGCCUCUCGGAUUGAUGAUGUGAGAGGCGUGUCUUCUCACACAGUUCCAAAUACCCGGUCUAGCUUCUCUUCUGGGGAAAGAUUGGGUUCGUCACACCAAGUGCCUGUAACAGAGAACAAUGAUGUACAACCACCUCAGCCACAAAUCAGCUGGACCCACAGAUCAACUCACCAGAUAGCAAAUGGGUCUAUGAGAUCUAGGACUUCUCCAAGCCCUUCACGUCAGCAGAGUUCUAUCCUUGAGAACCAGUUAUCGUGUUCACUACCACCUGCUGGGUCACCAUCACCUCCUAAGUCUCCCCUAGUAUGGACAUCUCCUUCACAUCAACAACCGGACCUUGCUAUAACUGUCUCGGCAAACAGGUCGUUGACUGGCAAGAUAGACCCACAAUAUACCCUACCAACCUUACCGUCUACUCAAACAUUGCCGCAACCCCCGAGUCAGGGUAACAUGGCCGGAGAAGAUGUGGUGACGUCAUCCAGUGAGGAGACGUCUCAAGAUGGAACAUCUAGUUCAUCUGAUCAGUCCUCAGAUUUGGAUCCUGGAACGGAUACGGAAACAUCGCUAUCAUUUCCACCAUUACCAACACCACCUCCUCCGACACCUUAAUAUCACCUGUCUAUAACGUUGGAAUCUGGUCAAAUGUUAUGUUUUCUCAAUCGAGUGGGUAAAGUUAUGAACGACCUUAUUCCAUGUAUACCAAUGAAAAAUGAUCAUUUAAUAAAACAGUUUUACACGCUUGAUUUGGUUUGUUUUCA